GUUUUUGUUUAUUAUUAUAUCUGUUAUGCUUAUGUCACAUCUCACCGAUAUGUUUUCGUUUGUUGUAAUAGCUGGAAUAGCUAAUGCGGAAGAAUGGCUAUUUUUUAUCGUUACGUAGUUUUCUGGUAUCGCAGAGUAUCGUAUUUACAAUUCAAUAUGUAUACAGCUUUGUUUUCUGUUUUCCACAGAAUUUUUUUCCUUGGUCGCCUCAACUCUACUUCGAAUUUAAUACGAGAACUUGCAGAUAUGAGUGAUGAUCUGAAGCGAUACCUCUAUAGGCAGUUGCCAAGUGUUGAAGGUCUCCAUGCAAUAGUUGUGACUGACAGGGACGGAGUUCCAGUAAUUAAAGUUGCCACUGACAGUGCCCCGGAUUAUGCUCUCAGGCCUGGGUUCCUGUCUACCUUUGCCCUGGCCACGGACCAAGGCAGCAAACUGGGCCUUUCCAAGAACAAGAGCAUAAUCUGUUACUACAAGUCAUAUCAGGUUGUUCAGUUUAACCGGUUACCCUUGGUGAUCAGCUUUAUUGCAAGCAGUUGUGCCAACACAGGUUUAAUCUUUAGUCUGGAGAAGGAGCUUGUUCCACUUAUUGAGCAGCUGAGACAGGUGGUGGAGGUAUCCUAAGUAAAGACCAUGAGCAAACUGGGGAUCACUGAAAAAUCUGAAACCUGGGAGCGGAUCGUUGUGGAUUCUACACUGAGAUCCUGAGUGUACAUGCAAUCAAGUGUGUGCCUUCUUCGCUGUUCCCCUUGCCAGCUGCAUUCUGUAUCCGUUUGCCUUUUCCUUACUCACUCAAAAAGACAUAGUUCCAUUACCACCUUUGAAAAUGUGCAAAAAUUUGGCAUGUCUGAAACUGUGAUAGGAUGCAUAUCUUUCUACUUGUUGUAUUUCUUCAUAUACUCUAUAAAUCAAUGUUUUUCUGUUCUAUGUGCUGUCAUAACAGGAAAAAUAUGCUAUUUAUUGUCAUGGUUUACUUUUUAAAAUUCCGGUAAUGUCAUACUUUAAUUAUAGAUGGUGUUUCGUAAAGUUUAUUUUCAAAUAUUUCUGAAAUAGACAAAGCAUGAAAUCUACUUGUUCGUUGUGCUUCUUUUCUAAAUUUACUUUUGAUGACAAUAGCAGCAAUUACUUUUUAUACAUUU